CUUGCCAAGUGGUUCCCAAGUCCAAUCCGCGCUCGCUCCCCACAACAAAGUUCCCCCAAAUUGCCCAUCGUGACAAUGAGCAAUCGGGUUAUCGUAUCCAAGACAAAAACACUCCUCCAAUCGACAAAAAACCAUCUUUAUUAUUGCCGAGUGAUAUUAUUUGCAUUUUGAGUUCACGGACAUUUCGACGUGUGCACUGCACACACAGCAAGUGUGUGAGGCUUAAUAAUUGGUCUUGGUUGCACCGCUGAGAAACUCUCGACGGAGUAAUAAUUGAAGGGGGAAAGAAGCCUGGGGAAGUCAGAGGGAUUGAAGAGUGAGGCAACGACCCCUCAGUGGCCUCUUGCCAAUCAUUCAGAGCCACAAUCCCUCGUCGACCAGUAGAGAGACACUGAUAAGGCCCCACGAGGGUGACAAAAUCGUGGUAGGAGAGUGUCGAACAAAUCACAACAAAAUAGGUAUUAAACAGUGAAAAAAUAAUAAUGGAGCUAUUUUCAUUGGCUCAGAUGCACGGAUGGGACGAGCACUUCUCGGAGUGAAAAUAUGCUGGAUGGUAUAAUAUCGAGUUCAGUUACAAUCGGCUAUUGACAGUAGACUCAGUGAUGUGAGACCCCUGUCCUGAUGAUCGGGGGAAUAUUGUUAUUUUGAUCGAUAUUUUCUUAUGUCACGCAUGGCCGGCCACUCGCAUUACUGCGGGAUUUCAUGAAUCGUCCCGAAUGAAUUUUAGAAUGUUUAUUUGAUCGUCUUGAGGGGGUUUUAAUUUUGUAACGAGCGCUUGGUGAAGGUCUGUGAAGUGGUUUAAUUGGUAGGUUUUUCAUUAUUGUAUUGCAAAAUGACUGGACUCGUUGAGAUAUUCCUGUUCUGCGGUGUUCUCUACUACUUCUAUAACACAAGAGGAAGUAAUAUGGUGGAUGUCCUGUCCACUCGUCUUCAGGAAGUCUAUGCCAAGUGGGAGGCACGCACUGACGUUCCGAGGGAGACUGAUGAGAGCUUUUCCAGGCUUUCGUUAGAUGGCCUUCGAAGAGCUGGUACCCAAAGCCAAAGAAAGCGCCUGCAGAUUCGCGAGCAGGCCCGUAAAAUUCGAGCGAAUUCCCUGAUAAAAAUCAAAGAGACUGAAUUACUUGUUCCAACAAUAUCCAGAACCACAACGAUCUCUUAUCAAUGCUGCACAACAUGCACACCUGGAUCCCGAGACUCAUUUGCGAGCAUUGCGGCCAAACAGCUGCAGUCCAGUGGGAGGAACAUGCUCCUGGUUGAUCCAGGCCCCUCUCUCUUCUCCAAGAUCUUCAAACACUUCUCCUUCGUCUACAACAUCAAGAAGUUCGACUAUCCCAGGGUCACCCAGACUGUGCUCAACGACGAAAGACUGAAAGAAGCGAUUCACCUGACAGCGGCUAAAUCGAUCGAGGAGGACGGAGUGUCCGAGCGAGAGGCCCUCCGCGAGGCAGAGAGUCGUGCAAAGCAGAUUCUCAAGCUGAUGGAGAGCACAAUGAGUGACACCCUCCUGAGAAUAACGGCCUGGGUGAUGUACACACUCCUUCCCUUCUUCAUAAAAUCCCUGGUGGUGCAGCAGUCGCAGAUCGAGAUGCUCCAGAAGGCCGACCGCACUGGAGUGCCCCUCGUCAUCGUCCCCCUCCACAGGAGCCACCUGGACUACAUAAUCGUGAGCCUCUUCACGUUCACCAACAACAUAAAGAGCUGUCUCAUAGCAGCUGGGGACAACCUGCGGAUUCCCCUCUUCGGGAGGGUUCUCAACGGUUUGGGGGCGUACUACAUCAAGAGGAGGAUCGAUCCAGUCCUCGGUAAGAAGGACAUUCUCUAUCGUGCGACACUCCAGACGUACGUCAUGGAGAGCCUUCGAGCUGGCCACAAUCUCGAGUUCUUCAUCGAGGGAGGAAGAACGAGAACUGGAAAGCCCUGUCUGCCUAAAGCUGGCAUUCUCAGUAUAAUUGUGGAGGCAUAUCUCGAUGGGACCAUUGAGGACGCCCUGGUGGUGCCAGCAUCUGUCAACUACGAACGACUGGCUGAUGGCAACUUCAUCAGGGAACAACUGGGACAGCCCAAGAAGAUGGAGACCUUUGGCAAUGCCAUUAGAGCCAUCUGGUCGACCAUCAGGGGGAAUUAUGGAAUUGUCAAGGUCAAUAUCUGUGAGCCUUUCUCACUGAAGGAGAUGGUCAGGUCCAUUGAUCUGCAGCUCGCUAAACAGGGGGGGUCCAGUGGGAAACAUGGGGAGAAGGUGCUCAGGAGCACUAUGUCCACUUCUUCGCUGUUUGGGACUGAUGUCAUGGAUGAUGAACACAGGCAGCUCGUGGAGUCGCUGGGGAGACAUGUCGUUUAUGACGGUGCGAAUGCCACACCCAUAAUGUCAACAAAUCUGGUGUCCUUCAUCCUCUUAAACAAAUACCGAGAGGGCUGCACAAUGGACGAGCUCGUGGAUGUCUUCAACUCCUUGAGACAAGAGUUGGAGGCAGCAAACAAAGACCUCGCCUUCUGCGGUGAAAAUUUAGACAUAAUAAAUCACGCAUUAACGAUACUGGGGCCUGGACUGGUGAAGCAACAGCGCCAGGAGGUGACGAGGAAGAUGGAGGGCCAGGGGACGAGAAAAGAGUUCGUAACAGCCAUAACUCCAGUCUCGAUUCUUCCAAAUGUCGUUGAGCUGGCUUACUACAGCAACGGCGUGAUCUGCCACUACGUUAUGGACAGUAUCGUUGUCUCAGCGCUCUACGCCACUCUUAAAACCGAGAUCAACGACCCGAGGGCCAUCGCCGAGAACGACUUAACAGUAUUCCAUAAUAGUUUGAUGGAGAAGGCACUGAAGCUCUGUGAUAUCCUCAAGUACGAGUUCAUCUUCUGCCAGCCCUGUCAGGAUCUCGAGGCCACGAUUGCCAGCGCAAUUCAGGGUCUGACGCACUCGGGGAUCAUCAGACCCUGCGAGGAGGGCCUCCUCGAGGAGGAGCAGUGGAGCAGGAGAUUCGCCAAGACCUUCGAUGACAGCUCUGACGAGGAGGCUGCCUUGGUCCAUGCCAGCAGGAAAAUCAAGUACAAACUGAACUUGGAAGCCGAAUCCUCGAGGAGGAUGGAGUUUCUUCACACUGUGCUGAGGCCACUCAUUGAUACUUACACGUUCAGUGCCUUUACGUUGAGGAAAAUUGUGGGGAGAUCGUUGACUGAGAGGGAUCUGGUGCAGGAGAUUUUUGCUGAGAUUAAGACUAAUCUUGAUAGGGGUAUUGUUAAUUAUGGGGAAAGUUUAAGUGUAGAUACUAUAAGAAAUGCUGUGAAAACGUUUGAGAAGUGGAACGUGCUGGAGUGCCAUCCACAGGAGAAAACCAAAAUAUAUUACCUCAGGGAUGACUACGACAAUGAUGCAGCAACGAAUGAGGUAUUCGAGACCAUCGAUACAUUCAAGUGGACCAGAAACAUCAACUGAAGAGGCCAUUUAACAUACAUUAAACCAUGUAAAUAUUGAUAAUAGGCGUUAAGAGCUAUGCGAAAUGUAGGGAACGUGCCAAAUGAAACCUGUCCAUUACGUUUUUAUAUCCAAAAGAUGCGGAAAUUAUUUUGAAUAUUCUGAGAUUUAGGAUUUAGGUAGUUUAUUAGAAAAAUUUUGGAUAGAAAUAGUUUUUGUUAUGGAUUGAAUGGAUUUAGUUUAACUUGGAGAUUAAAGCGUUAUUUCAUUA